CAUUUAUAUAAUUUUAUUGACACAAACCAUCUUGUAGACGCUUGGUGAGUGAGUUUAUCAUCUUACAGGCAAAUAAAAAAAAUGUAUGGCAGGCAUCUCUGACUUUCUUGGUUUACUGACAUAUUUGCUAUGCAAUAUUUUGUAAAAGCUGCUUUUCCUUCUAGGAUAUUGGAUGGUUUGGUUUUCUGAUUUUGUUCUUACGUGAGUGGUGAUUCAAACAGGUUGGAGCAACACCAGACCUGAUGGUUGCUUAUAUUGAUUUUUUUCUUGGUGGUGAUGAGAAGCAUGUGGAUAUGGUGUCAAUUAUACAGAAAAGGUUCCCAAUGUGCAUAAUUUUCGGUGGGGAUGGAAGCUAUAUGUCACCAUAUAAUCUUCAUACUGAUAUGUUGUUGACCAAUCUACUUGGCCAGGUCUCUUGCUCAUACAUAAUUUUUAGUAAUCUGAAAUUAUUUGACGAAUAUCUGAAAGAAGUCAUGUGUUCUCCCCAGCAUGUGCCUGCAACUGUGUGGAACCGUUUGGUUGCUGGUUUAAAUGCCCAGUUGAGGACAGUGAGGCAUGGAUCCAUCCGUUCUGCAAUUAUCCCGGUUAUUAAUUGGAUAAAUAGUCAUGGAAAUCCUCAACUUGAGUUCCAUGGCGUUAAACUUGAGCUUGGAUGGUUCCAAGCAACAGCUUCCGGCUACUACCAAUUAGGUAUCUUGGUGGUUGUGGGAGAAUAUUCUUUCCACAGCAUGCAUCAGUCUGACUUGUUAGAUAGAGGCCAUGAGGAAUUUCCGAGGGCAAUUGCUGCAACUUGCAGCAAAAACCUUAAGCAGCCUCAGCAAAGUUGGACAUACCCAGUUCACGCCUUGUCUCGUAAAAGGAUUACUGGAGGAAUAAAUGGAGGUCUUAUAAAUGAUGCUACCUUGCGAUCGUUGGAUUUUAAAAGAGAUUUUCUCUUUCCUUUUUCUCUCUUAGUGCACAACACACGACCUGUUGGUCGUCAGGAUACCCUCCUGCUUCUGAUAACCAUCUUACUUCUCGCAGAUCUUUCCAUCACUCUUCUUACUUUGCUUCAGUUCUAUUGGAUUUCACUUGGUGCUUUCCUUGCUGUCUUGCUUAUUCUUCCUUUAUCCCUCCUCUGUCCCUUUCCCGCUGGUUUGAAUGCCUUAUUUAGUAGGAAACCUAGAAGAGCCUCACUUACUCGUAUUUAUGCAUUGUGGAACAUGACGUCCGUAUCAAAUAUUGCCAUGGCUUUCAUUUGUGGCAUGUUGCAUUAUGGAUUUUAUUAUUUUCAGCCUUCUGAGAAGGCAAAUGCUUGGAACAGUAGAAGGUAACUCACUUACUUCUUUGGUA